GGCACAGCUGGUGGCCGGCCACAGUCGAAUAAUUUUUUUUGUAAUUUCUCUUGGUGAUUUUGACGCCCAUUUUACUAAUAAGGUUUUGGCUUGGACUGCCUGUGGUUAUAUGGCAAAACAAUAAAAUCCCUUUGCUCUCGGGAUUUGAAUUCUUUCUUAUGUAAAACGGUUGUAUUGUCUGCCAUCCAACAUGGCUGCUGUCACAUGAAGGAUACAAAAACCAAUCCCACGCUAAUGUUCAUAAUGUACGGAUCUUAUAGGUAGACUACUGUCUUUCUCCGUAGAGAGACAGCAAUCAUGCCUCAAGAACCGAACGAUUCUACCAACUACAUGAACACUAACAUUAGGAUACAGAAAGAAGUAUCCAAGGACCACCAACUGGAGAAGCUAGAGGACAGAACUGAUAAAGGCACUUACACCUUGGACACCUGGAAAUCUAUCUAUCUUGGAAAGUAUAAAACUCGCUGGCGUGGAUGUAUAUUAAUGAAAAGCCCUUUUCUUAUCGUCACCUAUCAACAGCUGUUCUGGGAUGUCAAGCCUCGUACGGUACUGGAGUUUGGAGCAAACAGCGGUGGGUCAGCGGUAUGGAUGGCUGACACACUUCAAAUGUUUGGCUGUAAAAGUCAUGUUUACUCUGUGGAUAUCRACCUUGGUUUACUGGAACCACUGGCGAGGGAGAAGAGAAAUGAUCUGACCUUUUUACAGGGAGACUGUAAUGAAAUCCAGAAGACUUUCCCGCCUGAAAUGCUCAAGAGUUUACCACACCCUUGGUUCGUGUCAGAGGAUUCACACGUGAACGUGGUCGGUGUUCUAGACUACAUUGAUCAAUUCACGGAGCCUGGGGACUACAUSGCCAUCGAAGACACCAACCCACUGGCCCCUACAACGUCUGGCGCGAGUCUUUUCGAUGACGUCAAAUAUGAAGAAUGGGGACGAGAAAAACUAGAGCAUGUUGAAGCAUUCAUGAAGAAACAUCCAACUCGCUAUCUUAUUGAUAAAGAAUACACCGACUUCUUUGGAUACAAUGGAUCAGAAAAUAUGAACGGAUAUCUUCGCCGUAUCUGAAUCGUCUGUAUUCAUCACCGGCGUAUUUCAAUAAACACCAAGUUAUCAGUGUCCACACGUUGCGUAUUUGUC